AUGGACGCAACCGCGUCCCCCGCUCGACCAGCCUCGACGGCAACGACACCUCAUGCGCCGAUAACCCCCAUCGUGCCGCAAGCAGUGCAUGCACUGGCGGCCCCCGUCCCGAAUCUGAUCGACACCGCGCUGCCGGGGUACCUCCUGCCAGAGGUGAUCCGGACAUUGCAGGACAGCGCUCGCCACGCAGUCGAGCAGCGGGUAGCUGCCGAGCGCGAUGCAGGGACAGGACAGGAGGAGGACGUGGACAUUGCGGCGCUCACGAUCAACGAGAAGCGGCAUAGCGUGCCGCCUAAGGACAAGGGGAAGGGCAAGGAAGGCAUGGUCGAGGACGCGGUCAAGGAGCGCCUCGAGCGGAUCGGAUACGCCGUCGGCGGAUACGUUGCUGAGAAGCUCACGCUCGCGCGACCCCCACUUGCGUCUCACCUCGACAUGAUCAAGUUUGUCUGCAAGGACCUCUUCCUCUUCGUCUAUGCCAAGCAGAUCGAUAACCUCCGGACAAACCACAGGGGCGUCUUUGUGCUGCAAUCGCACGCCUUCCCUCCGCUCGCCUCGCUGUCUUCUACGCGGGGCACGCAGCACGACAUCGCCGUCGCCAAGGUGCACCUGAUCUACCCGCAGGCUCUGAUCCAGGGCGCUCUCCAGCGUCUCGGCAUGCAGUGCACGGUCACCGCGGAGACGAGCCAGCUUCCGCAGUGCACCUUCCAGGUCCGCGUGAGCAAACACCGCCAAGCGUCAGAAGGUCCUGGCCAUGCUGCGCAGGAGAGCGUCGAUCGGCGAAGAAGUAGUGCUGCGACCAGCGUCAUGAGUCCGAGAUAG